ACUGGCUGAGGACUGGUUGCCAUAGAGAUGAUGGGGAGGGCGGUUCCAAGGCUGGCAGAUGGGGGUGGGGGAUGGGGCAGGACACCAACAUGCGAAACACCCACCAACAGCUGAUCAGGACUACUUCGGGGAGACCAGGGCGGGACACACGGCUCCAGGCUCCAGUGACGACCACAGGGCUGCUCAAGUUUCUGUCGGACAUCCCCCAGGCUGAGCAGGGGAGGCUUGGGAGCGGUGAUGGUGUAAUUCAGGGCCAGCAGCCCAGGUCUCGGAGUGCUGGGCAGACGGCAAAGAAGGACCGGAGACCCAAGGUCCGGAACAAGAAAGGGCAUAGCCCUGCUGAGGCUGAAGAUCUCAUCCCUUCUGCUCCUCGGAAACCCUCCUUUCCCUUCCAGUGGGCCUGGGAGAGCUUCCUCACUGAUGGUCGGGCCCUGCUUCAGCCUGGCCACCAAGCCCCGCCCUUGCCCCGAGCCGUCACCCAGCACAAGGCCAGGCUCAAGUCCACAGCCACCCUCCCAGAUGCCCACGGCUUCUGCUGGAAGACAGAGGUGCCAAACCUGGAGAGGAGCCAGCGGCUCAGGGCCUGGGACGGCAUCCCUACCCCUUCUGGCAAAGGGGGGAGCCAGGAACUGGAGGCCCCCAGUGAGUGUGACCUCCAGCCACCUGGGAAGAGGUCAGGCUCAGGAUCAGAGUCUGAGGAGGGCGCUGAGCCGGAAGCCCUGGGUGCUGAGGAGGUCGAGAGGGGUAUGAGCCCUGGAGAAAUGUCCCAGCUCCUCAAGAGGGGGUCGAUCUGGGAAGAGGAGCGGUUUGCAGGGGUAACAGAGGAAGCUGAGGAGGGGGAGCACAGGGCCCCCCAUAGAAGGAGGGCUGGUUCGCAGAGAAAGGGGCAGAACUCUGGCAAGGAGGCCUUGGAUGAUGGUGACCUACAGCGCAAGGCGAGCAGCUCCAACCUUCGAGGGCCGCAGACGAGGAAGUCAAGGGCCAAGGAGCUGGAGAAGCUGCAGAGGCAGUUACAGCAAGAGUUGGACUGCGGCCCUGAAAAGCAGCCCUGGAGGGCUUUGCGGGCUGCUGUGCAGGCCUCCAACCGGAGUGGGAAGACCUAUGCCUUGGGAGAUGAAGAGACUUUCCAGUUUACCAACUUUCCUAACCGUACCUUCCACAAACGACAGGAGGCCACCAGAAGCCUGUUGCAGGCCUGGGAGCGGCAGCAGCAGGAGGAGUUGCAGCGGGCCGAGCUGCGGAGGGCCCGGGAGCAGCGGGUACAGCAGCAGGUGGCUCGCUGCCUGGCGGCCUAUGCGCCCGGAGGGAGCCGGGGGCCGGGCGCCACCCAGUGCAAGCUGGAAGAGCUGAGGCGCCAGGAGCGACAGCGCUUUGCUCAGUACCAGGCAGAGCUGCAGGGCAUUCAGCACAGGGUGCAGGCCCGGCCCUACCUGUUCCAGCAGGCCAUGCAGGCCAAUGCCCGGCUCACGGUGACCCGGCGCUUCUCCCAGGUGCUGUCAGCACUGGGACUGGAUGAGGAGCAGCUACUGGCUGAAGCAGGAAAGGAGAACACAGAGGGCGCCUCCGGGAAACCCAGGAGCCACAGGUCAAUGGGGGUAAGGAUGGAGCACUCUUCUGAAAGCCCCCCAAAGGCAGAACCCACUGGAAGCCAGCCCAACAGGCACUCCACUCCAAGCCCAGACUGAGCCCAGCUCCUAAGAUAAUGAUUAAAGGCUUUAUGGAAA